AUGGAGCGACGUGUUCGCUGCACGGAUGGGCCAGCUGAGAGCUCAGCUCGAUACGGCUCAAGGACCUCGUCAGCGUCACUCACGAAGCUUGAGAACAUCUUGGAUGACAAUGGCGAGGGAACGAAACGAGUGGAAGAGAUGCUGGGGCCCGCACGUCGAGUGAAGACGGGCCAUCUAAAACUCAUGGAACGACGCGAAGUCUAUACCACGCAACAGCCUGAUGGCACAUAUGUGACGACGACGACACGAACUCAGACAAAAUAUGCUGAGGAUAAAGUUUAUGGAUGCGGCAUGGGCCAAACAAACAAAUAUUACUGUUUAGGACCUCACGGCAUUCUUCGUCUCCUAGAAAUAUUCCUUUGCCUCGUAGUUAUCUCGCUUAUCACAUCAGUGUUCGGACCUGGGCCAUUUAAAGGAAUACUCUUUGGUCAAACGUUGCUUCUGAUUUUUGCCGGUGUAGCGAUGUGCUUCACCUUCAUUUUUCUUAUCGUCUACUUCUUUACUCUGAAUGAGACACACCUCGAUUUUUGGCCCUGGAGAACUACAGAUCUGGUAUUUUCUGCCACAUGCUGCUUUUCGUUCAUUGUCUUAGCGAUAGUCGAGGCUUACUAUUCGACUGGUAGCUGGUCAAAUAACUGCAAUGACAUAGGAUCCGAUGGCUUCGUUCAUAACGGCUGUAGAAUCAUCUACGAAUGGGCGUUCGCGUCGUUUCUCUCAUUCAUUUUGGCAUGUCUCUAUGGGAUCAGCGCCUUCCUAGCGUCACGCGAUCGUAGCGCUUCGAGAAUCAUUCGAGAGUACUAA